GUUAUCUCCGGCACGGUCACACCGGUGAUAGCGUCUUCAAAUGUUGUAAAAAUCAAGCGAUUUUUAGCUGAACGAAAACGCGAUUUUCGAGCGCAUCCGGGUAAUUAGGAAGACGAACUGGGUGCUCGUGCCGAGCCAGGAAUUGUCCGAACCGAAAGGUGGCCUUUUACUGGUCCAAAUAAAGGCGAUAAGGCCAAAUAAGUCGUGUGGCAAACGUGCGUUCCUUUCGUUUUCUCCUUUUUGUGGGAAAAUCGCAACGGGCGGCAUUCCGCGAAAAUGGACAUAUUUGAUAUGGUAAAAGCGGCGCCGCCGCCGCAAACAAUAAAUCCGGUGGAGCGAAAGCUAUCUACCCCGUCGCCGAUACCGCCCGAUUCGCCGCUGGACUCAAUAGACCUCCUGGACGGUGGAAUUCUAUCGAACGAGGAUGAUUUGGAUAAGGAGGCGAAUCUGGACGUAUCACCUUUUCAAAUACCCAGACGAAAGUCCAGUGACAACCUAUAUCAUAACUCAGACGGAUCGCUUUUCAAAAUGCCAAAAAGAAUGAAGAAAAAUGAUGAAAUCGAGGAAUUGGACGAAGCUGUGGAGAUGGUAAGCCAAUUCAAUGAUGAGAAGGAGGCUGGCACAGCGUCCAGAAAACCUAAGAAAAGCGUGGAAUUGGACAAGGCUAAAAAACCGGGUCCUCCUCUAAAACCGCACAAGAAAAGGCCAACGGAGCCCGAGCUGCAGAAGAAGGCUGACGACGACGACGACGAUGAGGAGUCGGAGGACCACCAACUGACCACCAUGCCCACCAAGACCAAGGCACAGCAGAAGAUGUUCAGCGAUCAGCCGUUGGACAAGCCAAAUUUCGAUAGGGAGUGCGUGGUGCGAGCGCGUCGUCUCAAACAGCAGGAAAUCGACUCGGCCCUCGAAUCCGUGGCCAAUUCACCCUUUGCCGAUGUGGCCGACGCUCCACAGAGCAGCCGGGGGCGUGGCAGGCCCAAGAAGAACACCCAAUUGCCGCCCAAAAGUCGGAAGUCGCCGCCCAAACCUACUCCCAAGCCCAAGCCCAAUUUCCACAUCAAAGUUCCUCUGCAGAAUGGCGCCAAGAAGCGGGCCUCGCAGCAUUUGGCGCGCACUCACACACCGCCGCCCAAUUUGGCCAGGCGCCAGGUGAAGAAACAGGCACCGGUCCCCCAGGUGCCCAAAGCCAAACCAAAACCCAAACCGAAGCCCAAGUCAAAGACCAAGCCGAUCCGCGGAUGCCGUGCCAGUCAGUCUUUGAUCGAGCGCUACGGAGCGCGCUUCUUUAACAGCGUGGUGAGGGUCAAGAGGCUCCACUGUGCACCGAGUGGCCAUAAGGGGCCCGCCUGCAGCGCGCGACCCAUUGGCGGGACCAAGAAGGGCCGACCCCCGAAGGCCAACAAGUCGGUGUCCUUCAGCGAGGCCGUGGAGAUCCUGGGCAGCAGCGAGGGCAGCUCGCGUCGGGCGACAUUCGGCUCGAUAUCAUCAAAAUCGCCCAAGCCGACACGCCUGCAGCGAGUGGAUGCCACCGGGAACGUGCUGGAGGAUAUAGCUCUGACCUCCACACCGCUUCUACCUCCGAUCGCCGCCGGCUCCUCGUCAUCUGCUCCCGGAGGAUUGCGCGGCAAGGGCAAGCGCCGCUCUUGCAACGGCUCGCCAUCGCCGAUGGCCAAACGUUUAAAGCGAUCGCACCAGCGUCUGCCGCUCUCCAGUUUGGCCAGUCUGCGCCUGGACGAUGGGCCCAAGGCUGGCGAGGAUGACGACGAGGAUGACGACGAGGAGUACAUAGUGCCCAACGAACUGCCAGGCAUUCAGCGACCUGGAACGCCUCCGCCCAAGAAAAAAAGGAUAACGUUCACCACGACCAUCAGCGACGAUGAGGACGAAAAGCCGUUUGUAAAAAAGCAAAAGGAUAUCCCCAAAAAGCCACCAAAGCCCCUCAAAGAGAGCUUCAAUAAAAAGCCUGAUAAAUCGCUAAAGGAAAAGGAGAAGGCCGACAAAACGCUCAAGGAAAAGGAGAGAACAAAGAAAAAGUCAAAUGAGAUUGUAAAGAAAGAGCUUUCCAUAGUCACAGCGGAAGUUGUCGAUGCCGCCACCAAUAAAGUGGAAAUCAAAGUCACCAGUGAGGAGGAAAACAAGCCAAUGAAGGAGGAAAUCCAGUCACAAACGGAAGAGAACGACUUAGACGCUGCUGAAUCAAAUGAAGUAGAAAGAGACGGAGAGGCACCAGCACCAGAUGCAACAGAGGAAAAUCCAGAUUUAAGUGGCGAACCUGGGGAAAAUGUUGAAGAUACGCCGGUGGGAAAUGCAGGAGACAAAUCAGGGGAAACAGCAGAAGAAACGGAAGAAAAGGCCGAGCAGGAAGACUCAGGUGAAAAUUUGUAUGAGGAAACUGCAUUGGAAACUUCUGACGACUUCAAUGCAAGCGCCCAAAAACCCGCAGAACAAGAAGAACAAAUUGAGGAAGUGGGGAAGGCGGAGGAAGUCGGUGGGGAAUUGGCAACUCCCCCACCACAGCUUCCGUCCACCGACACCACAACCAACAGCACCACAACCAACAGCACCACAACCAACACCACCACAACCAACAGCACCACAACCAACACCACCAACAUCACCACCACCACAACCAACACCACCAACACCACAACCACCACCACUGAAGACAACCAGGAUGAUGUGCUGGAGAUCCAGACGUCCCUGGACGAUGUCCGUCAGUUGCACACGCCCUCAUCCCGCCAGAGUACGCCCAAGCAGCGCAGCCGCCUCGAUUCGGGGGAUUCCGACUGCAGCUUUAAGUCCGCCAGCGAUCACGGUAAGCCACACGCAGCUGCAGGAGCUGCUCCUGCCGAAGAGGAGGAGGAGGGGGCCAAGCCAGCAGCGGUAUCCGUCGGAGCAGAAGAAGAACAACCAGCGGAUGCGAUCGUCGCCGACGACGCCCUCGAUCCCGGCGAACUGCCCGCGGAGCUGAUGACGACCCCGCCAUCGGCGACCAGGACAGUGAAUGGCAGCAACCCCACCAGCGGAUCCAGCAUAUCGACGCCCUUCUACUCGCCCAUCGAGCCCAUGCCCACACUGGAUGACGAGGUCCUGGGCCAGUUAGUUGAUUACAAGUAGUGAGAAUUAUGUUUUCAAGCCACUUAAAGCCCGACUUCCAGUUGAACUCCAGCCGCCAUGCCAUCUCCAGGGGCACGUUGGACGACAUAAUGACUGCGUUAGAAUCCUAGGAAGCUGGCCAAUCGAACAACAAAGUACUCACAGAAGCAUUCACACACUCACACUCACAAUCACACACAGAGGCGACUAAGUUUGAACUUAGUCUGGAUUUUUAAUUACAUCCCUAUAAUGAUCAACAAAUAGUCGUAUUAAUAUUUUUAAAAACACUUUCAAUUUUAUGACAGGUACCAAAAGUGGCAUAUAUUUAAGGUACAUUUUUGUAAAAGGAUGUAAAUGGUGCAAACUUAAAUAACUUGCACAUAAAUAAGUUGCUGAUCUAGUCAGCUUACAGGACAUGAACCGAUGGAUCUACACAAACUCACUCACUCAAUUUGCAAUUUUGCGCAAAACAGUGGAAAUAAAUGAAUUAGUAAGGGAAAUUAAAACAAAUUAUGAGAUUUAAUAUCUAAUGUUUAAGUUGCUUAAACAGAUCGUUAUGUUAGUUUUACAAAAAAAAAAGAAACGAAGACGCAAUGUUCGUUUGUUCAAACUCUACAAUUUUUUUUUAAAUUGAAAACAAAUAAGUUGUUUAAAAACAAUUAUGCAUUCGUGCAUAUAUUAUAUAUAUUUAAGUAUGGAUCAUAUUAAAUUAAUUGUAAAUUCGAUGUAUUAAUGAACAAAAUAAUAUGUAUGUAUGUAUAAAGAAAAGGAAAAGAAAAAGAGCAAAUACAUAUUGCAAGUUUUUUAUUGGGUUUGAAUUUUUAGAGGUUCACAUGAAUACAGUGAUUUUUGAUAC